UAGGCAUAUUCGCUCGCGAUCGGUGCCUGUUAAACAAUAAAAUAAUAAAACGUGGCCGGACGACGACAGGUGGAUUAACAUUGUGUUUGUGUGUUGCCGUGUUUGUGAUCAACUAAUUAACGGCAUAUACAGAACGUUUAUCGACGAGCAGUUCGCGUGACUCCGAUGAUAUUAGACGCGUGGUAAUUAACUUUGUGUGUAACACCCGGUGGUGAUGAUGAACGUUUAUUAGUAGAAAGCAACGCGUACGACCGAUUUUAGGAAUGUUGGAAAUCGUACUUCCGGGUAAAAAUGGACCGCUAGGGGUGUUUACCAGUGGUGUCAGAUAUAAGACACUAUGCUCUGAACCGAACGCAGUACCGCCCUCGGAGAUGCAAAUCUCGGAGGCGGCCGGGGGGGCGCCCCAGCCGGGGGCGGAGCCCUGUCGCUUCCCGAAACUGGAGGAAUGCGCCCAUUUCCACUACGAGAGGGUCCAGUUGCCCGGUACCAUGCAGGUCGCCCUCCAGACGAGCAUGGAUCAAUCGUUACACUCCCAACACACAAACGAAGACGAAGAAACCGAAUGGUUCAUGGUACAAGUGACGUCGGGAGAAGAAUGCUGGUUGGUGCAACGAAACUUUGAAAAUUUUAAAAUGCUGGACGAGCAGGUGCACCAGUGCAUUUUUGACAGGAAGAUCUCCCAGUUGACUGACCUGUCAAAGAUGUCCGCUAACGAGGAAGAACUCGAGGAAAAACUGGCCUACUACCUGGAACGUUUCAGCCAGAUCGCCGAUAAUUCGGUGAAUUGCGGUCCGGUGUUAAAUUGGCUUCAAAUGGACAACAAGGGCCAUCGGUUACUUGUGCCGAGUGAGGAGAGCAGGAGUAUUAAUACACCGGCAGUCGCCGCUGCUUAUAGUGUACGCAGAUACGUCUCGCAGGCUCGAGACGAACUCAACUUGGAGGUGGGCGACAUGAUUUCCGUAAUCGAUAUGGCGAGUCCGGGGGAAUCGAUGUGGUGGCGGGGCAAACGGGGUUUCCAGGUGGGAUUCUUCCCGCAACACUGCGUCCACAUUAUCGGCGAUAAGGUGCCCAGGAACAUGCCCUUGCCGCCCCCCGUAGUCGGGUCCUUAGCAAUUAGUCCAGUGAAACCGGUCCUGCGUCGUCACGGCAAACUGAUAACAUUCUUCAGAAGUUUUAUUCUUAACAGACCGUCGCGCAGGAGAUUGAAACAGAGCGGAAUUCUGAAGGAGCGGGUGUUCGGGUGCGAUUUGGGGGAACAUCUGCUCAAUUCCGGGAAGGACGUGCCUACGGUGCUGAAGAGUUGCGCGGAAUUUAUUGAGGCCAAUGGAAUUGUCGAUGGGAUAUACAGGCUCUCUGGAGUUACGUCGAACAUUCAAAAGCUGAGAAAUGCCUUCGACGAGGACCGGGUGCCGGAUUUACAUACCGAGGACAUUCUGAAGGAUAUCCAUUCAGUUGCGUCGUUAUUAAAAAUGUAUUUUCGAGAGUUGCCAAACCCUUUAUGCACCUACCAGUUAUACCAAAGCUUCGUAAACGCAGUACAAGGCUGCAGUACAGCCAUCAGAAACUCGGAGACUGACCACGAAAGACUGCUUAAGAUGAGGGAGGCCGUACAGAAACUGCCUCCUCCUCACUACCGAACUUUAGAUUAUUUAAUGCGUCAUCUUGCCCGGGUGGCCAACCACAGUAGCAGCACCGGUAUGACCACGAGGAAUUUGGCCAUAGUGUGGGCUCCCAACUUGUUGAGGUGUGAGGCCUUGGAGGUGGGAGGUGUGGCCGCAUUACAAGGUGUCGGAGUUCAGGCCGUAGUAACCGAAUUCCUGAUAUGCUACGCGGAUUUGAUAUUCUGCGACCAUCUGCCCAGCGUGGACCAAUCAGAACUGGCGGAGAAAGAGAACCUUUUGGCGAAAAAAUGUCGACCCAACAGUUUGGCCAUUUCCACCCCCACCAAAUUGAUCACGUUAGAAGAGGCGAGGAAUAAACAGCAUUUGACUAACAAAACGGAGGAGUGCAACUACAUCGAAGUGGGAGGUGGACCUAGUAAUUUGCCUAAGAAGUAUCACACCAUCAUUGAUUUACCACCAGGUGUACGAAAAAGGGGCCAUACCAAAAGAUCCCCACUGGGCUGGCGCAUGUUCUUCUCAAGAUCCUCUCGUAAUGCUACGCAAGGUACUAUCAGCAAAAGUAGGAUCUCCACCCCCAUUACCAUCAACGAUAAAUCAGUAACCGAAUCGGACCUGACAGACAAAAGAAUUAAACUGAGAAGCGUAAAAUCAGCGGAAAGUUUAACCUCCGGUCAUUCGGAACCUGCUAGCACGGAAGACGUCCUGGGACCUUUACAUUCUAUGAAUAAACCGCCCGGACAUAACCGGUCGGUGUCUCACGACUCGUACUUCGACACCCUCCAGUCGUCCCAAGCGAACUCGGAGGCCUCCCUCUUAGAUUUGAGCGAGAUCCAUUUGAACUUUGACCUGGAGGAGUCGGAAAUGAGGAUCUUCUCGGAGGACGAGAGUCUCGUCAGUUCGCCCCGUCUACAAAAGGACAUGGUCCAACGUCGCAUUCUAACCCGCACCCGCCCCGAAGAGUUCAUUGGAGGCGGUAGUACCGCGGCCAACAGUGUAAACCCCUCGCCGAAGAAACAACCGCGGGUGGUACUUUCGCCCGAGGCCAUGUCCAGGAAACGCACCAGACUGGAGGAUCAACUGAGCGAUAUCCAGUACAUCGAUUGUAAUACUCCGGAGAACGUGGUCAAUACCACUGCGGUGGUGCACGCGAUACCACCUAGUCCGGAGGACGGAGGACCUAAAAACAAAAGUCCCAGGAACUCCGAUAUCCUCGACACAAAAAGACAAUCGCUGAACCUCGAGUCUACGUCUGCAACGAACAGAAUCCAUCCGAUCACCAAAUCUUUUACGGAUUUAGACUUAAACCGUCAGUUUCUUGUCGGGGCCUUGACUACACCCACGCCUACUUCACCGAGCUACAAGCAGCUGGGAGAAUCCAGUGCCAACACAACGCCAGGGUAUUCACCCUCAGAGCUGUCUUUUACGAGGAAAAACAGCGGCGAAGCCCCACCACAGAAACUGCACAGCCCUAAUUACGAGAAUAUACUGACUACAAUCAGUAUAACUUAUAAGUCGCCGCCCAGGAGUGUCUCUGUGUCGCCCAUGAAAAGUCCCGUCUAUGAAAACGUGAUACUUAAUCCGGAAAAAGUGGACAUUCCUACGAGUACCGCAAGCCUCCCGAUUCAAGAAGCGUCCCAGCCGGACCUCUGCGACGACCAAAUCGACCUCAAUUCCUACCUGACGGUGCAAAAAUCGUCUUCGAGUAACGAUCGGCCUAAAAGUUUGAGCGCCCUCGAAGAAUACAGUUCGACUGACUCGACCUUGAAGGCGAACAGUAGCGGCGCCAUCUGUAACACGUCCGAGCAGCUCAGUUUGACGAUGAGUUUAACGGAUCAGAGGACGGUCAGCUCCAAUCAGAGUUCGGAAUCGAACAUUCCGUUUACGGCCAGUUAUAGUUCAGCGCCGCCGUAUAAUUAUAUGGAGAAUUCUGAGAGACUGAGUCACACCGACUUAAGCCUGAGCGAAGUGGUCCAAAGUUCGACCGAAAACUUAACGAGCCGCACGUCAGUCAGCACCCCUCUGAGCCCAUCGAAGAACAGCCCGAACGUCAGCCCCACCACCACAGACAGCAGGAAUUUCAGCAACGAAAAUCUUCCGCUCAACAAGGAUCAGGAGCUGUGGAGCGUGCCUAGACCCAAUAGUUUAAACUUAAUUGAUUUCAGUCCGCAGCAGGAAGCUCCCAAUAGUCCCAGCAGGUCUUUGUCUCAGAACGACAAACGUAAAUCGGACGAAACAGAAUCGUACGACGAGAACGCCAUCUACCAACAAGUCAAAUAUUUCCGGAGGUCCAUACACGAAGUGAACGCCCUCCUAGAGUUGGAACUCGCGAAGAAAUCAUCCGAAACCAAACUAACCGCGAUGGAGAACCUGAAAAGUGAGGAGGAGGAACAGCACUUUGACUCCCUGGAGCACUCCAGUAGCCACGCGUAUGAGAACGUCGAACUCAAGAACGCGAGACACGAUUCAACCACCAGCUGCGGCGUGAGUGAGAGUUUUAGUAAAAGUGAGGACGCUGAGGAACUUAAGCCCGACGAGGAAGAGGAGGAGCGAGUACACGUUAAGGACCUAAAAAGUCGUUUCGAGGAGGGCGUAAAACCCAAAGAACACGCGAACCAACCAAAGAGUAACUCCAGCAAAGACUCUUCUGCCACAUCAAACUCGAUUUCAAGUCUAAAAACCUCCUCGGACUCCUCAAAAUCGCCCCAGCCGAAAAUCGGUUCGGAUUCCGCAAAAUCCUCCUCCCCAAUUUUAAAUCCCGAAAAACCGGUCAGUCCUUCAAUAUUGAAAGCUCGCCGCGACGAACCUAAAGAGGACGGUGAUAGCGAUUCGAAGAAAGCGAUAGAAGACUCCACCACUAACAGCGUUUCUAGUACAAAUUCUAUGAAUAAAUUGAAAGUGUUUUACGAGAAAGACGGUUUGCCGCCCUGUUUGAGGGCGCGAAAUUUGAAAUAUCAGUUUAAAACGCGCUCGUUGGACGAGGAGGAGUUCGAAAAAGAGUGCGGAUUGGCCAAGGGCGGACAGAGACGGCAGUCGUUUGACGAGAAUAUUGGUUAUAAAACCAAUUCUCUGCCAAAAACCCUAAACCAGCCAAAGUCUUUACCAACGGUGGACGAUAGUCAAUUGGAAUCGUUACAUUUGUCUCAUAGUAGUGAGAAGAUCAACCUUACUAGUAAUAGCAACUUGAGUGAGGAGGAAAAGGAACAGCAAAAGCGUGAAAGAAUAGAAAAGUAUAAGGAAGAGAGGAGGAGGGUUUUAAGUGAGCGAUACAGAUCGGAAUCCUUCAAAGAAGACAAAGACGUGCUCUUGAGCAGACUGAAAAUAUACAAAGGCAAAGAGGACCAAACGGACAGUGAUAAGUCGUUGGACCCUCACACUUCUUUACGGAGUAGCCGAAGAAAAAGUACAAAAAGUGAGAGCGAAAGUAUGAAUGAGAUGAAAGUGAAAGAAGGUUCGAGUUCUAGUCCCCGCGGGGAAGAUAAUAGCCCCGUUAAAAUCACCACUCCUACGCCCGCUCGGAGUCUAAGUUCCUUACACGUCGCCUCCGGCCCUCACAGGGUGUCCAGGGCCGACCUGGAUCCCCCGAAAAUUAGUGAGGAACGUCCGAAAACUCCCAGUCUUAAAGUGAGGGCCGCCAUAUUCGAGCAGCAAACUCAGAAGGCCGUCCCGGUUACUGUGGAAUACGGGAGGAACUUUAAGUCUUCCGAUAAAGUACGGGGUGAUGUGGAUAAGUUGAACAAUACAAGAAGUUCGGUGGAAAAGGAGAAAAGCGGUAUCAAGGCUGUGGAUAGGAUUAGUGAUAUACCGGGUGACCUAAAGGAUUUGGACUUUAUCAGGCAUAAAAGGAGAGACGACGAUAAUGUGAAAGAGGAGUGGAGGAGGCACACUUUUGAUUCGAGAGAGAAGGACGGCGAGAGUGAGAGGUUGAGGAGAGUCAGUUUGGAAACUAGAAAUAAUAGUGCCAGGAAAGAGAAGACUUCACCCACUUACUGCAUAAAAGACAUGAAAGCGAUCUUCGAAUCAAAAUCCAAACAAUAACAAAAACUCUGAAUUAUCAUGAUGUAAAAAAGAAACAAAAUUAAGAAAGUUUGACCAAAUUGACAAAACGUUUUUUUUUGUUUUUUAGGUUUUAGGGGCUUAACGAUUGAUAUUUUUGUGUAAAUAAGUUGCGACCGUGUGUGUUUUUAAAUGUUUAGUAGUUUUUUUUUUGCACUCGUAAGGUGUCUGUUUUUUUGCCAUUACGGCCUCAGUAAGACAUUGUUAUUUAUUAUUGUUUGAUGAUAUAUAUUAUAGUUUUUUUUUUAAUUAUUCCGACAGUUUUUUUCUAUUGUAUAGUCUUCUUAUUCGGUUCACUAUUUUAGCCAUAUAAUUCUUUUUUAAACUUGGGUGAUACAACGAGAACCAACACACAAUAAAAAAAAGGUAGUUGAAGAAAUUUCUUGUUGCAUCACCCUGUAUAUUUUUUUAAACGUCGUAGCUAAUUAAAAAGUGAUAUGCAAACUUUAAAAAAUAAAUAAAUAAAUAUAAUAUACUAGAGCGACGAAUUAGUAUAGUGUGUUGACCGCUUUAAAAGAAUUAUUAGAAAAAAAAAGUAUGUAUUCGACUAUAGACUAAAGUUAGGGCUUUGAACAGGUUUUGUAGCAAAAAAAUAAAAUAAAUCAGUGACGUUUUCCUCACACUGUAUGUUAAACCUCACUAAUAUUUAGGGACAAUAAUUUCUUUUUGUCAUUUUUUAAUUUUAAAUUAUUUAUUAUUAUCAUCGGACCUUGGUUGUAAAUAGUGUAAAACUAUUGUGCUUUCAAAUGCGGAAUAUAGUUAUGUUUAAAUAAAUUAUAUAAUUUCAAA